AUGCAAUAUAAAUUACCUGAAUGGAAAAUUGGUGAAUCAGAUAUGACGAAGUUUGUUCCAUGGGGCUUUCGUUCACUACUAAACAGAAUCAGCCAACUAUAUGAAAAUCCUCCUAUAUUGAUUACUGAAAAUGGAUUUGCAACCAAUGGUGGUAUCGAAGACGAUGACAGGAUAACAUAUUACAGAGGUUAUUUAAACGCCCUCCUAGAUGCUAUUGACGACGGCGUUGAUGUACGAGGUUAUACGGCCUGGAGUCUCAUGGAUAAUUUUGAGUGGUUAAAAGGAUACACCGAACGCUUCGGUCUGUAUGAAGUUGACUACAACGACCCAAACCGUACUCGCACGCCUCGCAAGUCUGCUUAUGUACUGAAGGAAAUAAUGAGGACACGAUCCAUUGAUCCCAACUAUGAACCUGACAUGAACCAACCUCUGACUAUUGAUGAUGGACACUAA